AUGUCCAAUGCUCAGCAGUCGCCAGUGAGUCCGGUGCGCCCGACCACGGUGCCACCAGACUACGAGCGCGUCCAGGGCACUUCGAGUGUUCCGACUAACGUGGACGCUGCCGCUGAGUACCAUGCUAGUCUCAUGCCGCCGCCGACUACUGUCUUCGGCCGUACUACGACCGUUCAUGGCGUCAAACAGUCGCCACUUCCUGUCGCUGGAAGAGCCAUGGGCGCAGCACUGACCGAUACGCCCAUGCCCUCCCAGCCUGGCAGUCCCCAGAUCAAUCCGCGAGGCCUAUCUGGCUCCUCAACCCCAAAACUCCGUGCUACCACCCUCGAUAUACCCGGCUUGACUCGGUCGAAAGUCUCCCCCGACGGUCGCAUAGCAGAAAGAGAUGUGGGCGCAAAGUUGAUAAUCAUCAUGGUCGGUCUGCCCGCGCGAGGCAAGAGUUACCUGGUCAAGAAGAUCGCAAGAUAUCUGAAUUGGUUGCAACACCCCACCCGCAUUUUCAAUGUUGGUGACAGAAGACGUGUGGCUGCUGGCCCGGCGCUGCAUCAGAGCGAUCGCACCAUCGACGGUGCUCUACGAGAAUCUGUCAAGCAGAUGAGCCUUACAAACGGCGUCAACGGCAUUGAGCAUGCGGCGCCUCUUCCACCACCAGCCAUGCUCAUCAACGGUGAACCCAGUGUAUCUGCGCCUAUAUCCCCUUUGCAGAUGAGUUAUACCGCAUCGGAAGUCGACUCCGAUCGACCUACCACACCUCCCUCUCCCAACCGUAUGGAUCAGUCUGCGUCUUUCUUCGAUCCGGAGAACAAGCGUGCAAAGGAGCUGCGUGAAAAGGUUGCUCAUGAUACCCUUGAUGAUCUCCUCAAGUACGUGCUAGAAGACGGCGGCUCCGUUGGCAUCUUUGACGCCACCAACCACACUCAGGAACGGAGACAAUCUCUGAUAGAUCAUAUCCGCAAGCGGGACCCCAACAUCAAUUUCCUCUUUCUGGAGUCGAGAUGUCAAGAUCAGGGCCUCUUGGAAGCCAACAUGCGCCUCAAGCUGUCAGGACCUGACUACAAAGACAAGGACCCGAUCAAAUCUCUGCGAGACUUCCAAGACCGUGUUGCACAGUAUGAGAAGCUGUACCAACCCCUGGGCGACUUUGAGGAGCAGAGAGGCACUCCAUAUUGCUCGCUCAUCGAUGUCGGCCGCAAGAUGGUGUCCUAUCAGGUUAACGGCUUCUUGUCCAUUCAAACGGUGACAUACCUCAUGAAUUUCAACCUCGCUCCACGACAAAUCUGGCUGUCGAGACACGGCGAAUCACUGGACAAUGUCAAUGGCAAGAUUGGCGGCAACAGCGAUCUCAGCCAGCAAGGCUGGAAAUACGCUCGAGCACUAGCCAAGUUUAUCGGCGAGCAGCGAGCUUUGUGGGAGGAACACCAGAGAGAAAAACAAGCCAAUACCCAUUUCCCUCCACGCCCGGGCGACACCACACCACCCAACCCAGAAGUGACAGCGCAGGCUGGCGAAGAACGCAAUUUUUGCGUAUGGACUAGCAUGCUCAACCGCAGCAUUGAGACGGCACAGUUCUUCAACGAAGACGAGUAUGACCUGAAGCAGAUGCGGAUGUUGGACGAGUUGAAUGCUGGCUCCAUGGACGGCAUGACCUACGCCGAUAUCCGAAUGAAUUUCCCCGAAGAGUAUGAGCUGCGGAAGCACGACAAGCUGCAGUACCGAUAUCCUGGCCCCGGCGGCGAAGGCUACCUCGACAUCAUCAGCCGCCUUCGCAAGGUGAUUCUCGAGGUCGAACGGAUGACGGACCAUGUUCUUCUGAUUGGUCACCGCAGCAUCACACGCGUGCUGCUGGCGUAUUUCAUGGGCCUCAAACAGGAAGACAUCUCGGACCUCGAUGUGCCGCUUGGCGUUGCGUAUCUUCUCGAGCCGCGACCGUAUGGUGUUGACUUCAAAGCUUAUCGCUGGAACCCUGAAACCGACGACUUCGUUCACGAGGAGCAAUACAAACUGAGGCGAGCUCGACACCCUGACGUCUAA